ACCCUUUCCCCCUGCCCUUGGGUCGGCGAUGGACACGUCAAUGAGGACGUACCUCGCUGACGACAGAUGAAGAUUCGAGCGUCAUCUUUUCCUCCUGACUUCUACUGGCAAUUGCACCUACAAUGCGCCCUCUCAAACUGCUACCUCUCCGAGCGCUGAUAGUCUUCAUCCUCGGCGGUCCGACACUCAGCCUCGUGGACGCUAAGAAAAAGAAAGACAAGGACAAGGACAAGGACAAGGAUAAGCCCGCUCCUGAGCUACCCACGCUUGGAACCUGUUUCUCGGAUGCCGCUUGCCAGACGUACAACCACAACAUCACCGGCGAUCACAAGGGCUCGACGUAUUUCGACGGCGUAUGCGUUUCCUUCAAGGCAGUGGCGGGACCCGUGGCUGCUAUAUGUAGAGAGUGCCAUCAAUGCCCCUGCUCGAAUUGCAGGCCUGUCCAUGUGGACGAAUGCUACCCGGGGUACACGCGAUGGUGUGGGGAUUGAGGGCGGUGAGGAUGGUGGU